AUGGCGGCCCUGGGGGACGACGGACUGGACGGCUACAUGUACCCGCCCUACAGCCCUUACUCUUACCCCUACGUGCCGGGCCCCAAGGGCAAAGGCUCGGGGGGCGGCGGCGGCGGCGGCAGCUGGCGGCCCCGGGCCACGGCCGCGGCGGCGGGGGCGGCGUCCGCCUUCUCGGGUUACGGGCAGCUGACGGCGGCCGAGUACUUCGACAGCUACCAGAGGGCGCAGCUCAUGGCCAUCCUGUCCCAGGUGAAUCCGGGCUUGGUACCGCGGCUGCGUAAGGCCAACACCCGCGACGUGGGCGUGCAGGUGAACCCGCGCCAGGACGCCUCGGUGCAGUGCUCGCUCGGGCGCCGCACCCUGGUCCGCCGGGGCCGGGAGCCGGGGGCCCUCGUGCUGCCAACGGCCGCGUCCCCGCCGCUGCCCCCCGCUCUGGGCAGCCCCGCGACCGGCGCCCUGCGGCCCUCGCGCUUCCCGCGCACAGUCGCUGUCUAUUCGCCCGUGGCCUCGCGCCGCCUCGCCACCUUCGUGGAGGAGACCGAGGCUGAGGCUGAGGCUGAGGCCGAGGCCGAGGGCGGAGGCCCCGAGGGGAAGGCCGCGGGGUACGAAGCUCGGCCCCCCGCGAGGGAGUCGCCCGAGGCGGUGGCGCGGCCGGAGCCCGAGCCCGAGCCCGAGUCCCAGCUCGGGGAGGGUGCGGCGCAGGCCCCGAGGCCCCAGCCCCAGGAGGGCGGCGGCGGCCCGGCACAGGCCGCAGUGCGAGCUACCUGGGAGGAGCAGCCUCCCCGGGCCGACGGCCUGAAAGACGGAGAGCCCGCAGAGGAGCCCGAGGAAGAGGAGGCCGAGGCCGAGGCCCUGCAGCCGCAGAGCCCGGAGGAGAGCAAGACGCGGCUGCGCUUCCAGUUCUUAGAACAGAAAUAUGGCUAUUAUCACUGCAAAGACUGCAACAUUCGAUGGGAAAGUGCAUACGUGUGGUGUGUGCAGGGUACCAAUAAGGUCUACUUCAAGCAGUUUUGCAGAACUUGUCAGAAGUCUUACAACCCAUACCGAGUGGAGGAUAUUGCCUGUCAGAGUUGUAAACAGACAAGGUGCUCCUGCCCAGUGAAACUUCGCCACGUGGAUCCCAAAAGACCUCAUCGUCAGGAUUUGUGUGGGCGAUGCAAAGGCAAACGCCUCUCCUGUGACAGCACCUUCAGCUUCAAAUACAUCAUUUAAGUGAAUGUAAA